UGGAUAUCUCUCUCUCCCUUUUGUAAUCGUACUCUUCCUCUCCGGAACCAAUGGAAUCGCAAAGCUUUAAAAAUAAAUGAACUAAUCGGAAAGAAACUUCGACGUCAUCGCGGCUCUGACGGAGGGAGAGCGUGUGGCAAAUGGGAGGCCGUGAGAGACGUUCGGACGUCACCGGAACGUAUAUAAAGCUGUGGAUUCGAUGCAGUGCCCCACCAGUCGCCGACAUGAAUCAGGCCUCGCUCUACCAGAACGCCAACCAGGUGCAGCGCCACGACGCGAAGCUGAUCCUGGAGGAGUUCGCCUCGACGCUGCAGUGGCGAUCGGACGGGGAGGACGCCCUCCUGGACGUGGGCUCUGGCUCGGGCAAUGUCCUGAUGGACUUCGUGAAGCCCCUGAUACCGCGGGGGGCCCAGCUGGUGGGCACCGACAUCUCCAGCCAGAUGGUGGGCUUCGCCAGCCAGCACUACCAGAGGGAGGAGCGCACCCAGUUCCGGGUGCUGGACAUUGGCUGCGAGCGACUGCCGCAGGAGCUGAGCGGCGGCUUCGAUCACGUCACGUCCUUCUACUGCCUCCACUGGGUGCAGAACCUGCGCGGGGCCCUGGCCAACAUUUACGAUCUGUUGAGGCCCGAAGGCGGCGACUGCCUGCUCGUGUUCCUCGCCUCCAAUCCCGUCUACGAGGUGUACAAGAUCCUGCAGUUGAACGAGAAGUGGUCGGGGUACAUGCAGGACGUCGAGCAGUUCAUCUCCCCGCUGCACUACAGCUCCAAUCCGGGCGAGGAGUUCGCUCAGCUGCUCAACGAAGUGGGCUUCAUCCAGCACAAUGUCGAGAUUCGCAGCGAGGUCUUUGUCUACGAGGGUGUCAGGACUCUGAAAGACAAUGUCAAGGCUAUUUGCCCCUUCCUGGAACGCAUGCCAGCGGCCCUGCACGAAGAUUUCCUCGAUGACUUUAUACAGAUUGUCAUCUCCAUGAAUCUGCAGCAGGGCGAUCAGGCCAACGAUCAGGAUCAGAAGUUUAUAUCCCCUUACAAGCUGGUGGUGGCCUAUGCUCGCAAGUCCCCGGAAUUUCUAAACAAUGUUCUGGUCGAGUCCCCGCAUCAGAAGCGCCUCAAGGGCCUGAAUUAGGGCUCCUCUGAGUGUUAGUAAAAAUUUAUCUUGUAUCUUAGUUUGAUUGCAGUGCUUAAAACCACUUAAACAGAGUCUAUUUAUGCCAAAUAAUAGCCAAAUAAUAAUGUACUUGUUAAGAUUUUGUUGCCGCAAAGUUCCUAAAACCCAACCCAUGAGGAUAUUUAUGGGAAAUUCCCAUUAAAUUCUAUUAAAAAUAUUCUCUAGAAUUAAUAUUGUAUUAAAAAUGUAUAGCAAAUAAA